AUGCCAGCCCCUCACGACGUUUCGUCACUUCGGUCGUACCUGGGUGCGAUAAACUAUUAUGGGAAGUUCAUCAAGGAGAUGCGGAAGUUUCGGCAGCCGCUGGACGACCUGCUCCGGAAGGGUGCCAAGUUCGAGUGGUCGGCCGACUGUCAACGCUCAUUCGACCGCUUCAAGGAAAUCCUGCAGUCUCCUCUCUUGCUCACCCACUACAAUCCGCGUCUGGACAUCGUGGUCUCCGCGGACGCAUCCAACGUGGGCAUCGGCGCCCGCAUCGCACACCGCUUCCCGGACGGCACCGAGAAGGCAAUCUACCACGCGUCCAGAAGUCUGACUCCGGCGGAAAAGAAUUACAGCCAGAUCGAAAAGGAAGCCCUCGCUCUGGUGUACGCCGUGACCAAAUUUCACCGGAUGAUCUACGGACGCAACUUCCUCCUGCAAACGGACCAUAAACCACUUCUCUCGAUUUUUGGUUCGAAGCAAGGAAUACCGGCGUACACUGCUAACCGCCUGCAACGGUGGGCUUUAACGAUGCUUCUCUAUGAUUUCCACAUAGAGCAUAUCGCUACCGAUCACUUUGGGCACGCUGACAUUCUAUCUCGCCUGAUUAAUGCUCAUGUUAAACCGGAUGAAGAUUUUGUUAUUGCGUCGAUAGAGCUUGAGAGGUCGAUCUGCAGCAUUGUGAGCCAGUCUUUGGGAUUCUUGCCGGUCACCUACAAGGUGAUUGCCGCAGAGACUGAGGGAGACGAAACCCUGCAGAAGGUGAAGCACUACGUCAUCCACGGCUGGCCGGAGAACAAGAAAGCUGUCGAAGGCGCAGAAAUCCAGCAGUUCUUCGCUCGUCGUGAGGCACUCAGCAUCGCUCACAAGUGUCUCAUGUAUGGAGAGCGGAUCAUCAUCCCCAAGAAGCUGCAGAAGCGGGUGCUCCAGCAGCUGCACAAGGGCCAUCCGGGCAUCGAGCGAUCGCGGUCGCUGGCGCGGAACUACGUGUAUUGGCCGAACAUCGAUGAUCACAUCUCCAACUUGAUCAAAGCUUGCAACGAGUGUGCUGCGGUGGCCAAAACUGACACGAAAACAGCGCUCUCAUCGUGGCCCAUCCCGGAGCGGCCAUGGCAGAGGCUGCACGUCGACUACGCCGGACCGGUGGACGGAACGUACUUUCUGGUCCUGGUCGACGCCCUCUCGAAGUGGCCGGAAGUGGUUCCAACGCGGCGGAUCACCACGGAGAAGACCCUGGCCAUCCUGCGUAACAUCUUCUCGAGAUUCGGCAUGCCGGAGGUGCUGGUCUCCGACAACGGCCGGCAGUUUUGCAGCGAGCACUUCGAGAGGUACUGUGACGUCAACGGUAUCAUGCACCUCAAGACCGCGCCGUACCACCCGCAGAGCAACGGCCAAGCUGAGAGGUUUGUUGAUACUUUUAAACGUACACUCAAGAAAAUUCAAGCAGGAGGGGAGGAACUAGAAGAAGCGAUCGACACUUUCCUCCAGUGUUACCGGUCCACACCGUGCCGCAGCGCUCCAGAGGGGAAAUCUCCAGCGGAAGUUCUUCUCGGCGGUCGCAUCCGUACCUCGCUCGAGCUGAUGAAACCACCAAGCAGCUUCUACAAGGACUCCAGUUCCAAGCAAGAUCAGCAGUUCGACCGUAAACACGGUGCCAAGGCGAAGAACUUCGAGCCCAAAGACGGAGUGUUUGCGAAGGUUCACCACGGCAACGAGUGGAGCUGGGUGCCAGGUGAGGUCGUGGAGCGGAUCGGGACGGUCAUGUACAACGUGUGGUUACCAGACCGUCAGCAGCUGAUCAGAUCCCACAGCAACCAGUUGCGCAAGCGCCACGGAGGUGCUGACGCCACUGAAGCGGAGUCUCAACCAACCAUUCCACUGGAUCUGCUACUCAACACGUGGGGCAUCAAACCUCCCGGGCCAUCGGAGUCUCCGGAACCGGCGGGUUCACCGGAAGCUUCGCUGCCGUACCAGGACAGCCCACUGACGUAUCCUGAGGAUGAGCAGCUGAACGAGUUGCAGCAGGAGUUCCUCCGCGAGUUGAUGCAGCCGCCCGAGCGACGUCGUCCAAGACGACCCCAAUCGCCAGCUGUUCCUGCGGUGGCUCCUGCCGGACGACCAGUCCGCAACCGGAAAGCGCCGAGUCGCUACGAGCCGUACCAUCUAUACUAAAGGGGGAGGUGUUGGGUGGGCACCCUGCACCACACUCUGCGACAGGGUCGCCCGGACGUCAACAGCUGUCAACACCAGCCAGCGAGCGGAAGCGAGCUUGGCUGUCAUUACUCGCCCGACAGCCGACAACUACACCACGCGGAAAUAUUUUAAUUUGUAGUUUUACCGUAAUAAAAGUAAUUAGUUUGUUGUAUAGUA